AUGGCGUCCGGAGACCCGGAUAUUGUCCGGCUAUAUUUGAACAGGCUCGUAGGCUCGCUUGCACCUUCCGAUCGUGAAUCGCCCCAUGUCCACACUCUAGUCAACGACCUCACUACUCAUAUAACGCGCCCAUUUUCGGCUGUCUCCGCAAAACCACUACCGCAGAUUCUAGACCAGUACCACAGGCUCUUCCUCCAGCAAAACCGGGCUGAUGAUUGGCGAGAGUUCCAAGGAAUUGUGGACGCGUUCAUGCACCCGAGUCUGCCUGACUCGUUUACGCGAAACUUGAUCCACCUAUCCCGGCUUUGCCCAUCGGAAUCUUCUCCUGACAGCGACAAAUUCCCUCACAUGGCUUUCAAACCUGUCCCACCUGGGCGCGUUUUGUCUCCGUUUUCCAGCAGCCCACACCAACGCGUGCUGCCCUCAAAUUCGACCAUGCCGGAGCUCAUAGACCCGUACUAUAAGACGCUAGAUGAGCAGGCACUUCUUGCGUCGCUUCGACAUACCCUUGCCGGCCAAGACACGAACUUGUUGAGGUUCCUGCGGGAUUUUGGAAGCAUCGAAAUACCGGAUCUGGUGAACACGAGCUACACACAGCUUUUGACUGAUAUCUUAGAGCCCGCUCUUUUGGGGAAAAGCUUGCACGUGUUUCUAGACUCCUGUCGGGGAAGCAUAAACUCACCCAUAACUACUGCUUUUCUCACUUACCUUCAAAGAUACUUAGUCUUCUAUGCCGAUACCAUCGAGGGUAUAUUCAGGACAGCGCCCAAAACUCUACUUGCACUUCUAGACUCGCUCGAGGACCAGACUCACAAUCUACGAUUCUUGGGUCACUUGAAAAGCCGUCUUGCCGAGCUUGAUGGGUUUGAGUUUUUGCUCGAAGUAUACAGAUUCUCGCAGUUUGGCGACAUAAGGAUCGAGCAACUUGCACGCAACCUCUUCGACGAUGUUUCUACGCCUUACUAUCAAUACCUCCAGCACUGGAUAGUAAGAGGUGAGCUUAUUGAUGAGAGCGACGAGUUUUUUGUGUCCUUUGACAAAAAGGAAAAUCACAUCAAUGACAUUAUUAAGUACGACCCCAAAAAACUCCCUGUGUUCUUGAAGGUUGAUGACGAGAUCUUCACGAAAAUGUUCCAGAUCGGUAAAACACUAGUGUUUUUGGAAAAGUAUUGCAAAGAACUUGACUGGGUGAACGAAUUUGCCCUGCGCUAUUUUCAAUUUAUUUCCGCGACCCAAGGUGGCCUUAUGUCCAUGAGCGCCAAUAAACUUCAAGUCAUGAUUGAUCGGCAGUACGAAGAGGUUCUUGAGUAUUUUACACAGGUGGUCCAUUCAAAGUAUCUGUUUUAUUCACAUUUGCUCGUUAUUAAGCGUGUCAUGCUAAUGGAAUCUAGUGAUUUUGUCAAUGCGGUCACUGCCAAAGGUGCCCAAAUGUUCAGCGAACUGGCCUCCUCGUUGACAUCGGCACGUCUCUCUGAGCUUUUAAUCGAUUCUAUCGACCUGUCUUCCAUCAAAUGUCUCUCCCCAAAAUAUCAGAAAAGAAUAGACGCCAGGAUUUUGGACUUGAGUCACGGAACAAUCGGUUGGGAUGUCUUCACGUUGGCAUACAGUGCACCAGAACCCCCAUUAGAAGCUUUAUUGAAUUAUCAAGAUCAAAACACUCAGUACUUGAGGUUGUUCAACUUUUUAUGGGGCCUAAAGCACUAUCAAUUUCUUCUCCGAGAACACUUUCUGCUGUUCCAAGAGUUUCAUAAGCAACACUUGCGGCAUAUAAAAAUGAAGCUAAAAGCUUCGCAAGGUGCAACAAGCGAAUGGAGCGAUCGGCGGCUAAAAUGGCUCACUAGAUCUCUUCGGAUUAUAUGCUUGAUCCGCCAUAGGUUUGCAAUGCUCAUAGACGCUAUCCUCAAUUUUGUGUCUUUCGAUUUGGUUGAAAACAGUUUCAAUGAGCACGUUGUACGUAAGCUCUUUCAAACUUGUACGUCAAAGGCCCAUGUUCUCAAGAAAGAUCAAUCCUUACUUUUGACUGGGUUGCAAACUUCGACUUUUGCUCAUCAAAACACUAAUAGUCUUACCAUUGAUGACUUAACCGCAACUCACAUUGCGUAUCUUAAGAGUGUCUCCGAUUGCAAACUUCUUCGAGAAGACGCAUGCGGUCGCCACAGUGGCAAAUCAUUUGUGCACCAAAUCUUUGAGCUCCUCGAACUUACGUAUGCCUUUCUCAGAAGCAGUGAAGAGUUUGGGACAGCUUUGAGUAAUUACGUCAGCAUUUUACGUUUAAAGUCCGAGAGUUUCAAUUUCGACGAGGACUGGGAUGACCUACACCACCGCUUAAAUUCGGUUGAAACAUAUAUCCAGAAGGAUGUUUACGUCGACAAAUUCCAGCCUUGGCUAAAGGCUUUCACACACGACAUGCGUGCGGAAGUGGAUCUUAAAGAAUUUAGUAAGAUGAUGUAA